AUGUUUGCCAUAUAUUUGUUGGCUUUAAUUGCGUUCAUAAAUACAAAUGCAUUUCAUUUGAUAGAAAACAAUGAUAUCUACGAUGAAGUGAGGGAUUCACGUAAUUUCACGGGAAAAGUAGUUUUGUUGACCGGAAGUAGUUCUGGAAUCGGAGAACAAACGGUGAAAUUAUUCUCGGCAUUGGGCGCCAGUGUUGUGGUCACCGGUAGGAAUGCAUCACAAGUGGAAACAGUGGUACAAGAAGUCCAACAAUUAUCACCUCAAAAGUUGAAACCAUUGGGAGUUGUGGCGGAUCUGACCAAAGAUGCAGAUAUUGAGCGUUUGUUCAAUGAGACAAUUAAGACAUUCAAUAGAUUGGAUGUAUUGGUCAAUAACGCCGGUGUCUUAAUACAGGGCAACGGAACUGAAAAAGACUUUUUGGAUAUUUUGGACAAAUCUUUGAGGGUUGACGUGAAGGCAUCCCUACAACUCAUACGACUGAGUGUCCCGUAUUUGCAAAAGACGAAGGGAUCGGUAGUUAAUAUCGGGAGCACUGUAUCCGAGAGACCAGUCAAAUCUGUGUUAGCCUACGAUUUAGCCAAAACUUCUCUGACAACGAUAUCCAAUGUAUUGGCCAUAGAGUUGGGUCCACAGGGUAUACGAGUUAAUACUCUGAGGAUAGGUCAACCCAUAGAUAUAGCCAAAGGUGUGGUAUUUCUGGCCUCAAGUGAUGCUGAGUUCAUAACCGGUCAUAAUCUGGUCAUUGAUGGCGGACUCAAGUAUAACAUGGACUCAGACUUUAAUGAUGUGGAUAAUAAUAAUGUGAGGGAUUCACGUAAUUUCACGGGAAGAGUAGUUUUGGUGACCGGAAGUAGUUCUGGAAUCGGAGAACAAACGGUGAAACUAUUCUCGGCAUUGGGGGCCAGUGUUGUGGUCACCGGUAGGAAUGCAUCACAAGUGGAGGCAGUGGUAAAAGAAGUCCAACAAUUAUCACCACAAAAGCUGAAACCAUUGGGAGUUGUGGCGGAUCUGACCAAAGAUGCAGAUAUAGAGCGUCUGUUGAAUGAGACAAUUAAGACAUUCAAUAGAUUAGAUGUAUUGGUCAAUAACGCCGGUGUCUUAAUAGAGGGCAACGGAACUGAAAAAGACUUUUUGGAUAUUUUGGACAAAUCUUUGAGGGUUGACGUGAAGGUAUCCCUACAACUCAUACGACUGAGUGUCCCGUAUUUGCAAAAGACGACGGGAUCGGUAGUUAAUAUCGGAAGCAUUAUAUCCGAGAGACCGCAAAAAUCUCUGUUGGCCUACAAUUUGGCCAAAACAUCUCUGACAACGAUAUCCAAUGUGUUGGCCAUAGAGUUGGGUCCACAGGGUAUACGAGUUAAUACUCUGAGUCCAGGAACUAUAUUAAAACCUGGAACACCGGACAAAUUAAUUAAGAAAAUUGUGAGAUUAACACCACUCGGAAAGAUAAGUCAACCCAUAGAUAUAGCCAAAGGUGUGGUAUUUCUGGCCUCAAGUGAUGCUGAGUUCAUAACCGGUCAUAAUCUGGUCAUUGAUGGCGGACUCAAGUAUAACUCAGACUCAGACGUUGUGAAUGUGGAUAAUAAUGUAGAUUAG